GUUUCUUUAGACUGGUCACAUGACUCUGUUGUCAGGCUGUUUAGCGGCAUUGAAGUGCUGAAGGCGUGAAGAAAUAAUUACAGAGCGUUGGUACGCGUAUAAAUGGUUCGCCGUUUUAUCUGAAAACCUCAAGAAUUUGUUUGGAAGAGCAGCACGUUGCCAUCUUGCUGAAUUCCUUCGCCUCUUGCUAACGUUAGCUUAGCACGCUAGCCUGCGGUAGCGCCGUUUUGUGUGGAAGUGAUUUGAAGCCCCUGAAACGGACAAACAUGAUGCAGAUCAGCUGUGUACCGUCGCCGUGUCUGGGAGUAACUUUAUUCCUAUUAUUCACUGCCACGCUCCAGCAGAGUUUUGCCACGGUUGCUCCGCCCACUCCUACCCAAACCCCUGCCCCACCACACAAGGACCCAGGCACGCCGGAGAGGGGAAACUACACCGUCAGGAACAGCAGUGGAACUGUGUGUCUACUGGCAUAUAUGGGCCUCCAACUGAAUGUCUCCUACAGCACCAGCUCCCAGACCAAGGCUGUGCAGGUUGUGAACCUUCAGCCCAGUCAUACAAACAGCUCUGGAUCAUGUAACCCAGACAGCACCUCCUUGCUGCUCACAUCGGACACACCGAAAACUAACCUGACCUUCUUCUUCACACUGAAUGUUACAUCUGGUAAAUACCGUCUGAGUGGAGUGUCUUUGUCAGCACUGUGGCCAAACAUGACAAAGCACUUCACAGAACAUAAUAACAGUCUGGAUUACUUGCGGGGCACACUGGGCCACUCGUACAUGUGCCGGACAGCACAAACUCUGCGUGUGACCCCGGACUUCUCCGUCAGCACCUUUGAGUUGCAGGUUCAGCCAUUCGGUGUGACGGGGGAUCAGUUUGGAUCAGCUGAGGAGUGCCAGCUGGAUGAAGAUGACAUGUUGAUCCCGAUCGUCGUCGGAGCCGCCUUGGCGGGGCUUGUCGUCAUCGUGCUUUUGGCGUAUCUCAUCGGCAGGAAGAGGAGCCACGCCGGCUACCAGACCAUAUGAGACUGUCAGUUGCUCGUCUCUGAGAUCAGAACACACAAUUACACCCUUAACCACUGUUUUUCAGGACUUAGACCCCGCCCCUCUCUGGUCCUCUUCUGUAAAGCUCCCCCCCCUCAGUGUGACUCCAUCUUAACGCUAGAAACUGAUGUUUUCACUUGGUAGCUUCUGUUUGAGGUUGACAUGCGCUUUCUGAAUAGACUUACCUCUUGUUUUGGUUUAAUAAAUACUUUGAAUUGUAAUUAAAAGACAAACUCUACCUUCUUUAGUGUUCGGUUUGACACCAGGCAUUGCAUUUAAUAUUUAUUUCUGUGCUUUUGAGGGAUGCUCUUUUGCAUUUCUUGCCGUGUGUUUUUUGGUGGCCAGUUUAGAGGUCAAAGGAGCUGCCUGUUACUGUAAAGGGAAUAAUCAUGUUGAUUAGUAACUGUCUGAGAUGCAAAGCUCUGACACUUUUCGCCAUAUGUGCUCCUUGACUCAUUUGGCAUGAAGAACAGCAUCUUGACAGUUUUACAAAGGAAAUAUGAAGCUUUUUUUCAUUUUCUUCCUCUUCAGACUAGUGAUGCAUUCAGAUGCUGUUGUUACAAUAUUCAGAUGAUUUAAAUCAUGAAAUUAAGAAAAAUGUGAGGAUGGAUGUGCUCAGGUCAUCACGGUAAACAGCAGGAAUAUACAACAGUUCUUACUGUAUGUACUUGCCCCCCCCCCCCCCCCCCCCAAAAAAAAAGUCAUUUUUGAGGAUUUUAAUUA